AUGAGUUUUAGCCACGAGUAAUUGAUAUAGAUAUUAAAUGAUGAAUCCUUUCAAUUAUCAGAACCUACAACACCAUAAGUUUAACCAAAAGAAGAUGAAACAUAAUUAAUAUAGAGAUAGUUGUUGGAAUUGUUAUGGCAAAACUAAUAAUUUAAUACUCAACUAACUUAAAUUAAGGAUUAGAUGACUAAAUAAGAUUGUAAAAUUUAUUGAUAACUUAGAGAUAUAUUAAAAUUUGACAAAAACUCAAUAAAGAUUAGAAAACCAAUUAUACGAAUAAAUGUAAAAAAAUUAAAAAUUAUAAGAAGAAUGUGAUUUUAAAGAUUAGGAAGAAAAAGAGUUAAAAUAAUAAGUAUAAAUAAUAAGACCUAAAAAAAGAUUAUUUACUUAAUAAAGUGUCGGCAAAGUAGUAAAUUAUAAUAUGAGUUUUAAUAAUAACUAAAAGAAAAAUUCAGUUAUUGUGUCAAUAAAAAAGUGA